GAAAGUGAAACUCAGACAGUCAUUGUUACUGAGAGGUGAAAUGGCGCAGCAAGGAGCUCAGCUGGACCGAGAAAACUUUUCUUGUUCGAUCUGUUUGGAUCUACUGAAGGAUCCGGUGACUAUUCCCUGUGGACACAGCUACUGCAUGAGCUGUAUUAACAACUUCUGGGAUGAAGAAGAAAAGGCAGUCUACAGCUGUCCUCAGUGCAGGAUUACCUUCACACCGAGGCCUGUCCUGAUGAAAAACACCAUGUUGGCAGUUGUAGUGGAGGAGCUGAAGAAGACUGGACUCCAAGCUGCUGCUGCUGAUCUCUGCUAUGCUGGACCUGAAGAUGUGGCAUGUGAUGUCUGCACUGGGAGGAAACUGAAAGCCCACAAGUCCUGUCUGGUGUGUCUCGUCUCAUAUUGUGAAAAGCACCUCCAGCCUCAUUAUGAAUCAGCAAAAUUUAAAAAACACAAGCUGGUUGACCCCUCAGAGAAGCUCCAGGAGAACAUCUGCUCUCGUCAUGAUGAAGUGAUGAAGAUGUUCUGUCGUACUGAUGAGCAGAUUAUCUGUUAUCUCUGCUCUGUGGAUGAACAUAAAGGUCACGACACAGUCUCAGCUGCAGCAGAAAGGACCGAGAGGCAGAAAAAGAUUGAGUUGAGUCGACUAAACAUCCAGCAGAGAAUCCAGGACAGAGAGAAAGAUGUGAAGCUGCUUCAACAGGAGGUGGAGGCCGUCAGUCGCUCUGCUGAUAAAGAAGUGGAGGACAGUGAGAAGAUCUUCUCUCAGCUGAUCCAUCUCCUCCAGAAAAGAAGCUCUGAUGUGAAGCAGCAGAUCAGAUCCCAGCAGGAAACUGAAGUGAGUGGAGUCAAAGAGCUUCAGGAGAAGCUGCAGCAGGAGAUCACUGAGCUGAAGAGGAAAGACGCUGAACUGAAGAAGCUCUCACACACAGAGGAUCACAACCAGUUUCUACACAACUACCCCUCAGUGUCACAACUCAGUGAACCUACAGACUCAUCCAGCAUCAAUAUCCGUCCUCUCAGAUACUUUGAGGAUGUGACAGCAGCUGUGUCAGAGCUCAGAGAUAAACUACAGGACAUCCUGAAGGAGGAAGGGACAAACAUCUCACUGACAGUGACUGAAGUUGACGUUUUACUGUCAGAUUCAAAAUCAGAGCCCAAGACCAGAGCUGGAUUCUUGAGAUACUCAUGUGAAAUCACUCUGGAUCCAAACACUGCACACGUGAAGCUGUUAUUAUCUGAGGAGAACAGAAAAGCAAAACUAAUGAGUCAACAACAGUCUUAUUCAAGUCAUCCAGACAGAUUCACUGGAUGUGAACAGGUCCUGAGUAGAGAGAGUCUGACUAGACGUUGUUACUGGGAGGUGGAGUGGAGCAAGUUAGGAGGUCGUGUAGCAGUUGCAUACAAGAACAUCAGCAGAGCAGGAGGCUCGAAUCAAUGUGGAUUUGGGCGCAAUGACAAAUCUUGGGCUUUAAGAUUUUACGAUAAUUGUUAUACAUUCUGGUUCAACAACAUCUCAACUCCUGUCUCAGGUCCUGUUUCCUCCAGAGUUGGAGUGUACCUGGAUCACAGAGCAGGUAUUCUGUCCUUCUACAGCAUCUCUGAAACCAUGACUCUCCUCCACAGAGUCCAGACCACAUUCACUCAGCCUCUCUAUGCUGGACUUUGGAUAUUCGAUUCUGGGGUCACAGCUGAGUUAUGUAAACUCAAAUAG